AUGCACCCUUGGGUAGCCAUCCUGGGCCUCCUACUUCUUCUGACAGAUGGUGUAACCUCUUACAGUCAAGUGACUGCAGUGGCCGGUCAGUCUGUCAGGCUACCCUGCUCAUAUACUGGAGAAAUCACAUCCGCAUGCUGGGGCCGAGGAAAAUGUUCUUGGCUGAGCUGCGGAACAGACAUUAUCCAGACUGAUGGAUACAACGUUAUUUUUCAGAAGGACAGACGUUACCAACUAAAAGGAUAUAUUGGUGAAAGGGAUUUGUCCUUGACCAUAGAGGAUGCUGACCCAUCUGACAGUGGCUUGUAUUGCUGCCGUAUUGAGAAAAGAGGGUGGUUCAAUGACAUAAAAAUCAUGCAAGAGUUGAGUAUAAGGACAGUUAAAGGCUUUCACAUGGUCGAUGAAGUAGAACACGGCUUGCGCAGGGCCCGUCCAGUGGAUGGGGCCUGCAUCGUCGCCUGCAUCAGUGCAGCGGAUGCCAGCUCUCCUCCCGCCUCCCCCUCCCCCACCGUUGUCCGCACAGUUUGCUCCCGUGCUGCCACCGUGCUGGCCUCGACGCUGAUGCCUGAGUGUCGCCCAUUUUCCCAGCCUCAGGGCCUUGUCAUUAACUGUUGCCGCAGCUGA